CUCGCGCGCUCCGCGCUCCGCCCCCCUCCCGCGCGGUUCCCCCCCCCCUAUAAAUAGCGCGCCCCCCGCGCGCUCCCCCUCAGACCCCCCGCGCCCCCCGCGCCGUGAGGAUUCGCCGCCGCCGCCAUUAUGGGGAGGAAAUCCAGCAAAGCCAAGGAGAAGAAGCAGCGGCGGCUGGAGGAGCGCGCGGCCAUGGCCGCCGUGUGCGCCAAGGUGGAGGCCGCCAACAAACUCCAGGACCCCCUCGAGGCCUUCCCGGCGUUCAAGAAGUACGACCGUAAUGGCCUGAACGUGUCCAUCGAGUGUCGCCGCGCGUCCKGUCUGGAUCCGUCCACCCUGGACUGGGCCUUUGAGCUGACCAARGCCAACAUGCAGACACU